AUGUCUGACAUAGCCGAAGCUUAUACCUACAUUGAUUUAUUUUACAAUGCUACUGAUCCGGCAAGAAGAAGUGAGAGUCAACGAUGGUUGACUCAGUUCUCAAGCUCUAUUCACGCUUGGACAGUUUGUGAUGGGAUUUUACAUGAGAGGAAAAGUACUUUAUUCUGCUGGGUAGCAGCACAAACUAUACGACAGAAAAUUCUUAAAUCUCUCUCUGAAAUUCCAGAAGAGAGCUAUGCGUCUCUUAGAGAGUCUUUAAUCAGUCAUAUUGGGUUUUUCCACUCUGCAACGGGUAAUGUUGAAGCAGAGUCGAUUGUUAUGCAACUCUGCUUGGCUAUUGCUGACUUAUAUAUUCAAGUUCCUACUUGGACUAACUGGAUUCUUGAGUUUCUUCAAAGGUGCACUAACUUCCAAGGUGAUCAAACCAAGAUGAUGCUGACUCUGUUGAAAGUUUUUCCUGAAGAAGCUCAUGAAAUUCGAAUCGGUGAAAACCGACGGAAGAUUAUUCAGGAUGAACUAGCAGCUUGCGCACCUCAUGUUAUUACAUACUUGACUGAACUUUUGACUCAGAGCCCUAACGAGGACUAUUAUAAACGAAUAUAUAGUUGUCUGGGUGCUUAUUUGGGAAAUCCUUCUAUGCAAACAGAUAAUUUAGCCCAAAGUCCUUUACUUCAAACUGCUUUCCAUAUCUUAGCUACUCCUACGGUUAACGGUGUUCUCCAUGAUGCUGUAACGGAGUGUGUUGUUCAAGCCAUUAUCCUUGCCGAAGAUUUCCAAGCUCAUAUAACGUUAGCUCAUAGUUUGCAAAAGAAUGUAUAUGCCUUAGCUCAACCUUUCAAAGUAGCUGUUGAAUUGGAGGAAUUAGGAAAACUUCAAAAUUAUGCAAGAAUUUUUUGUGAGUUAGUGGAAACUAUGCUUGAGAGAAUUGUAAAUGAACCCUCGAAUAGUAUGGAGGAUUUCGGUAGUUUGUAUUCCCUAGAGCUGUUACUGUUACUAGCAGAGCAUCACGACUAUUCCAUUAUUGAGAGAACUUUCAAUGUUUGGUAUAGAAUAUCAGAAGCUCUGUUCAUGAUAGAAGACGAUGAUCAUUUGAAUAAGUAUCGACCUUUCAUCAAUCGGUACAUUAAUCAUUUGUAUCGCCAUUCUAGGUUUGAUACUGACGAAGAAACUGUACCAGAGGAGGGGUCGGAUUUCAUGGAAUUCAGAGCCAAAGUUUCCGAGACUUUGAAAGAUGUCGUGUACAUGGUCGGGACCGACUGUGCUGUUCGAGAGAUGUGCGAUAGGUUGACAACUUGCGUUACUAAAAAUGGAACAUGGGAUGAAAUGGAAUCUGCUCUUUUCAUGAUUUCCUGUAUUAUUCAUAAUCUUGUCCCCGAUGAAGACUCUGUUCUUCCUCAACUGAUCUGCUCUAUAACAGGAUUACCUCCUAAUUCUCACCCGGCUUUGUUUGCAACUUCUGUGAAACUUGUAGGCGGCUCAAAUGAAUGGUUAGCUAAACAUUCCAACUUAAUAGAUUCGGUUGUUCAUUGGCUCGGUUCCCUUAUUAGCAAUCCCCUCUUCGCCCCUCUCUGUGCUGAAGCAAUAUGCGAGAUUUCGAGCAAAUGCUCAGAAUACAUGGUUCCUCAUAUGCAAAGCAUUGCAUCAAUUAUCCCAGCUCUAGAAAGUCAGCAAACACAUGGCAGGAAAAUUGAGAAAGCCGUUUGCGAAUUGUUGAAAACCAUCUGCGCGAUUAUUCCACAUAUACGGCCUGAGGAGAUUACCAUACGAGUUUCAGAGAUGUGUAGACCUAUUAUGGAGAGGCUUCUAGGAAUUAUCAACAACACUCAUGUUUCAACGAAUAAUGAAAAUGACAUGCACAAUGAUUCGUGGAAGCGGUUAUCUGUGGAUCCUGUUCUCUGGCUUAAUAGAAUCGCCAUAAUUUUUAAAGAUGUUCCACCAUGGCAGAAAAUAAACAACACUGGUAUCAACGUUCCUGCGCCAUGGCUACAAACCUCGCAAGAAUUAUUUGAAGUUGUUUCCUCAACUUUGAAUCAUUAUAAAGAUAGGGGUCGUGUAGCAGAGUAUUGUUGUAGAGCUCUCAGAUACAUCAUUAGAUCUCUUGGGUUGCAAUCUCAGGUGUUUGUCGGGCGAAUGUUAGAUCAGAUUCUUGAAAUUUAUGCUUCCUGCCAACAUUCUUGCUUGCUGUACCUGGCAUCUAUUCUAGUAGAUGAAUAUGGUAAAAUAGAUGAGUCUCGUCCAGCUCUUAUUCAUAUGCUAGAGGUUCUUUCACAAAGUACAUUUAAUUUCUUCAUGAAGGAGAAUGAUGCUGUCAACGCGAUGAAGCAUAAUCCAGCGUUCAUAGAUGACUUCUUCCGUCUUGCAGACAGGUAUAUCGAGCGUUGCCCAACUAACUUAUUCAUCAGUCCUGUAGUGAGUUCCAUAGUCGAUUGUGCUAUAGUAGCACUCAAAGUUGAUCAUGACGAAGCUACAGUCACUGUUUCGAAGUUCAUCUGUAACAUAUUGAGACAACUGAAUAGUGCUAAGAUUAAGAACUAUAACGAUCCAGGAGUUGAAGCUGCUCAGCGGAUUUUCAAUGAGAAAGGAUGUCAAAUUCUAACUGAAGCAUUGAACUCUGCGUUGUUUUAUGUUUCUAGAAAUCUUCGUAGGACAAUGGCUGAGAUUAUUUUCUGGAUUGGAAAAUAUGAUCCAGUUGCACAAAGGAGGUGGCUGGAGUCGGCAACGGCUCAGUUACCGAGAGGAGGAUUAGCAGCAACAGAUGAUCAGCUUAGGGAAUUCGUGAAAAACAUAACUGAUAAUGCCGACGCGUCCAAUUCCAAAGAAGUGCUCAAAUAUAUCCGUGAACUUCUUCAGUUAUACAGCUAA